CUUUCGGAUCCGCGGAAAGAGACCAAUGAAUCCGCUUCUCAUCAGGAUUUACCGCGCGCAAUGCUUGCGAGGCUGGGGCUCAAGGGCCACUGAGGCCGGUCAUUAUGGAGGGCCGCCUAGACCGACCGAUCAUGGUGAUGCUGUGGUCGAUUUGUGGCGACGAAGAGAACGCCUUUCACUAUCCAGGAUUGAUUAAUCCCACCGGGCUCCCGUCACUCACACGCAGGAAUCGUCGACUUGCGACAAGAGCGGUUGCACUCAUCGGCGACUGGCGGCCGGAGACCCUGCUAGGAUUCGGGAUGUGGGGGCGCCUCUUCAUCAUAUACAGAGACUUCCUGCUUCGCCAUGAGGCUGGACGACGUGCGCCAACAAAGUUUUCGUUGAGGCUUUUGAAGACGAAAACCAUUACCAUUCAAACAACUCAGGACUCGCAACGACCAGCGAUAAAGACCAGAAUUCACUGCUCGAGAACAUAUGUGGACAGGUCCUUCUUGCGAGAGAUGCGCGAGGCGACCACAGGUACGACGAGGUUACUGAACGUCAAUGGGACACAUUGAUACGACUGGAGGGCGAUAUUCUGUUGUGGCCCAGGCAGAGUAGAGUGCCUGUGAGCGGUUGGGCACGUUUUGCGCAGUUCUUCAGUGUGCUCUUGAGGGGGGCACGUUCUCUCGGGCGCCCGGCCCUUCAUUCAUACGCUCAUUCGAGGACCAGAAUCACACGUUUGCGUCGUCGCACGAACUCAUGAGGAAUUACGCGCGUUUAUCAUGACAACCUGCUCAUCUCGAUGUGGCCGCCAAGACGGAUACCCGCCGUAACGACCGC